AUGGAUCGUACUUGGAUGUAUAAUAGAGCAUAUUCUGAUAGACACGGAUUGAAAGAAGAGUUUGUUCGUGGGGUUAAAAAUUUUGUGAAGAGGGCUUUAAAACAAUCCAUUUGUAAAUCAGAGGGAGGGAUAAGGUGUCCAUGCAUAAAUUGCAAGUGUGGCAAGAUAAGUACAGCAACUAAUGUAAGACUACACCUGUAUCGAGAUGGAUUUCAACCAAACUAUUGGAUUUGGACUCAACAUGGAGAAGUGGAGGUCAAUAUUGAUACAGGGGAUGGUUUAAAUAGUGGUGAGCAUGUGCGUCAUGCUGACCAGUUUGAGGCAAUGGAUCAGAUGGUGUAUGAUGCUUUUAGGCCUCAUGGAGGUUUCUCUCACGCGAAUGAUAACAUGCAACAAGAGGAAUUUUCGGAGGAUGAGUUUCCCAAUGAAGAAGCUAAACAGUUUUAUGAAAAGUUGAUAUCUUUCAACAAACCCAUUUAUGAGGGUGCUACCCAGUCUAUGUUAUCAAUAUCUACUCAACUUCUUGAAAUUAGGUCUAACUGGCAUGUUCCACAAAAAGGUUUAGAUUUUGUUGCCCAAAUGCUUAAAAGUGUAUGUCCAGUUCAAAAAUGUUUGCCUGAGAACUAUUACCAAGCAUCACAGUUGGUGUCUAAGUUAGGGCUAAAGGUUAAGAAGAUUGAUUGUUGUAAGAAUGGUUGUAUGUUAUACUACAAGGAUGAUAGCAAGUUGUCUGGGUGCAAAUUUUGUAAUGCUCCUAGGUUCAUUCCUCGCAGGACUGGCAUGGGAACGUACACAGAUGUCCCGGUGAAGAGGAUGUUUUAUUUCCCAAUCAUUCCUAGAUUACAAAGACUAUAUGCAUCAACUGAGUCAGCAACUGAAAUGAGAUGGCAUCACAUAAACAAAAAUAGUUCAAACGUCCUUCGCCAUCCGUCUGAUGGAAAAGCGUGGAAACAUUUUGAUGAUGUACAUCCUGACUUUGCUAGAGAACCCAGAAAUCAUCGGCUUCUCCAUACUCAUGUUGGCCAAUAG